AUGGCUUGAGUCACGUUUCUAUCAAUUUUUGUUACACAAUCAGGCUAAGAAGACAUGCAGUGAAUUAAGACAGUACUGAUAGAACUGUAGAAAUGUCAAGAAGUCUCACAAAAAAGGCGAAUUUUUUGUGCACCAGCACAUUUCCAUUGGCAAUUGCCGCCGGCGAAAAAUUUGCUUUUCAAAAUGGCUCGUGCAUUGGUGCAGGGUCAGGCCCCUGCUCAUCGUUAGGCCGCUUUUCAAAGAAGGCGUUUUAUUGUUCGACCAGCAAUGUUCAAUAUUCUGGAAAAGUGCCACAGCGAGAAACUGCUUCUGGGCGAGAUUCGCUCGAAAAGAAACCAAAAAAGGGAAAACUAAUAAGAAAGAAGCUGAAACCAGUCGCAACCGAUACCAACCAAAAGCUUCAUGAGCAUGCAAGAGAAAGAGCUGUUCCAUCAUCAAAAGUAACUAGAAUAUUGAAUUAUGGAGGCUUGACUGUUGGUCUUGGGAUUGGAGCGUUGGCAGAGUCAGUAAGAAGACAGUUUGGCAUGACGAAGGAAGGAAAUGGCAAGGACACAAUUUAUGGAGAAACAUCAUUUUUAACUGAAGCCAAUGCAGAGAGAAUUGUAAAUACUUUGUGCAAAGUAAGGGGUGCAGCUUUAAAGUUUGGCCAAAUGCUCAGUCUUCAAGAUAACUCUAUGAUGCCACCAGAAUGGCAGAAGAUAUUUGAUCGUGUAAGGGCAAGUGCCGAUUUUAUGCCAGCUUGGCAAAUUGAGAAAGUGUUAAAAGAAGAGUUUGGAAAUAAUUGGCAGACAAAAAUGAAAGAGUUUGAAAUGAAACCAUUUGCAGCUGCAUCGAUAGGACAAGUACAUAAAGCUGUCACCCUUGAUGGCCAACCAAUUGCCCUAAAAGUGCAGUAUCCUGGAGUCGCUACUAGUAUUGACAGUGAUAUCGAUGGACUGAUGACAGUACUUCAAAUGAGCAGACUAUUACCUGAUGGUCUUUUCAUGGACCAAACGGUUGGUGUGCUACGGAAGGAGUUAUCUUGGGAAUGUGAUUAUGAAAGAGAAGCAGCCUGCUCAAAACGAUUCAGUGAGCUCCUUGCUGACGAUCCGGUAUAUUAUGUUCCGGAAGUGAUUCCGGAGUUAACAACAAAGCGUAUUCUUGCCACGGAACUGAUUCACGGAAUACCUCUUGAUAAAGUCCGCGAUAUGGAUCAAGAAACGAGAAACAGGGUCAGUUUGUAUCUGCUCCGCCUAGUUUUGCGCGAGUUGUUUGAAUUCCGAUUCAUGCAGACAGAUCCAAAUUGGUCAAACUUCUUUUAUAACCAAGAAACUGAUCAGAUAACACUGUUAGAUUUUGGUGCUAGCCGAGAUUACCCUAAAGGAUUUGUUGACAGUUACAUAAAGGUCAUACACGGCGCCUCCCAAAAUGAUCGGAAAACAAUUCAUGAAAACUCAAUAACCCUCGGAUUUCUCACUGGAUAUGAAACUCAGCUUAUGGUGGACGCUCAUGUGGAUGCUGUAAUGACAGUGGGUGAGCCAUUUCAGAACUACGAGCCGUUUGAUUUUGAAAAGCAAGAUACGGUGAAAAAGAUCCAACAGUUAGUCCCUGUGAUGCUGAAGCAUCGACUAACACCCCCUCCGGAGGAGAGUUAUUCACUUCAUCGCAAACUUUCGGGAGCUUUUCUCCUUUGUUCAAAGUUAGGGGCUAAGAUUAGUUGUCGUGAAAUGUUUGAAGAGGUUUGGGAGAAUUAUAAGUUUGAUUGAGUGUUUGAUUUUUAUCUAAAAAAAUGCACCAUACAAAAAAAUGAUAACGGCAGUAGUUGCGUGAUGACGUCAUCAACAUCUGUUUUUUGAAUUGUUACAUUUAGACUAUAUGAUCUGAAUAAGCACUAUAGGAUACCUCAAGAUUUGCAAGAUCAGUUGAUUCUAUCACAAAUAGACUGAGAUAUGACCUAUGAAAGACGUUAAGGCUAUGUUAAAUGGCUAUAGCUCAGUAAUUUUUUAUAUUUUACGCACCUUUUCGCAAUGUAGGGCUAUUCUAUGCGGCCUUUCAAGUUAUAUCGUACAAAUUAAAAAACUCAAAAUAGAUUUUUCUGACGUCAUUUCUUCACCACUCGUUCAUGUAGUCAUUUAGAUCAUUCUACCAUUUUAUCAAGGGAUCAUUUCUGAGUUUUGUUUAAUUUUGGUGAGGUCAAUUUAAUUAACAAUACAGUUCACCGUAAAAUUUACAUAUUUAUUAUUAUUUUGUGUCUAGAAAGAGUGAUCAUUAGUGUCAGAAAUCCAUGAAACCUCUUAAUCAGUCAACGAGAAUAUUGUUUUCUAGCACUUUUUUGGUAAAUUCUUUUUGUAUACAUUUUGUGCCAGUACAUAUUUUAGCUGAGUUGAAUUUUUUUUGAAAUACUUUCACUCAUAAUAUUCUUGACCCUUCGAUAAACAUAUGUUAGAUAGAGUUUGAAAAUCAAACUCUGGGUAACGUAUGAAGACAUAUCCACCCCUUUGUCGCGUGUGAGAUUGAUCUUUUUAUAGUUAUUUAAUUUCUAGGUGCAUAAUUUUUAUUGCAGUAUCCGUCGGGUUUACCUAGGCUCGUUUUUCUGAGUGCGAAGGUUUUAGACUCCCUAUAAAGGUCCUCUUUUAAUAAAAGCUCUUAAUUUUAGGUUUUCAUUUGCUUUUCACUUCUUGUUUCGUUUAGUUUUCAGACACACGGCUUUAUUAGUUCACAAACCGGGGUAAAUAAAUCAUUUUAGCUUAAUUCUUGUACCAGCCCUGUCUCCUUAUGGCACUGCCUCUAUUGCAAACUAAAGCUUUAUUUCCAGCUUUUUUAAGAUUGUAUUAUUCUGUUUCUUCAUCGUGUGUAUGAUAAUAAAACUUAUUGUGAAAAUAUAAUGAUAAUAUGCUUUGAAA